AUGCCUCCGAUACCCUCUUCGCCCACCCCGCGCAUUGUUAUAUACUACCAAACACUUCAUAAUCCAGAUGGCACGCCUUGCUCUAUCCUGCCAAUCAUAACAAAGCCUGAUAUUGCCGUUACACACGUCAAUGUCGCCGCAAUCCACCUCAAUGACCCUCCAGGCAACAUAACUCUUAAUGACCAUGUACCCUCACAUCCGCGGUAUCUUACAUUAUGGGCAGAGCUUCGAAUUCUCCAAGCCUCCGGAAUCAAAGUCCUAGGAAUGCUCGGCGGGGCAGCUAAAGGCUCAUUCACACGGCUCGAUCUUGACGAGGCUACAUUCGAAGCAUACUACAUUCCUCUACGGAAUCUCAUACGGGAACGGGGACUCGAUGGCUUGGAUCUGGACGUGGAGGAGCCGAUGGGUCUCGCAGGUAUCAUACGCCUAAUCGAUAGGCUGAAGAGUGACUUCGGCGAUGGAUUCAUUGUCACAUUGGCGCCCGUUGCUGCUGCACUCAUGUCAGAGAAUCCGGAGCACAAUUUGAGCGGAUUCAGUUACGAGGCACUUGAGGUUAUGCGGGGAAAGCAGAUCGCAUGGUACAACACACAAUUUUACUGCGGGUGGGGAGAUCUGAGUAAGACCGAGGGUUUCGACUUCAUCGUCGCACGAGGAUACCCAGCAGACAAAGUUGUUGUUGGAAUGGUCACGAAUCCCGGAAAUGGAGCCGGCUGGGUACCUUUUGAAAUUCUGCAAGAAGUCUUGAUUACUCUGAAGAACAGAUAUCCUGGAUUUGGCGGGGUCAUGGGAUGGGAAUAUAUCAAUUCUCUACCAGGAGAUAGGGACCGUCCUUGGGAAUGGGCUGCCUUUAUGACAAAAAAUCUCACAAAUGGACUCCCGGCAGUGGCCUCAGUCCCUGUACCAGCGACCGUACCAGUGCCUGUGUCCUUGCUUGGGAGUUCAAAUGCGACUGCGGCUCCUCAGAAUCCGUUCUUGGCUGUGGAUGACGAUCCAAAGGUAACGGAUGAGGCGCCUUUGCCAAAGGACUUUGAGUAUUAUUCCGACGGUAGUCUCGGUGAAUGA